AUGUCAGCCAAUGGGAGCUCAGAAACAGGCUGCAGGUCAGGGGUCAGAGUGACCAACGACACCAGCAGCCAGAAGGAGCUGUCUGUCACAGCCUCCGUUAUCUCCAUGACUGUGGGCAUUUUCUCCAACAGCCUCGCCCUCUUCAUUCUGGUCAAAUCCUACAACCGCAUCCGGAUCAAGUCCAAGGCAUCCUUCCUGCUGUUUGCUAGCAGCCUGGUGGUCACCGACCUGCUGGGCCACAUCGUCAAUGGCUCCCUGGUGCUUUUUGUCUAUAGCUCCCACAAGAAAUGGGAGAAAUUUGACCCUCACCACAUUGUGUGCACCCUCUUUGGGGCAUGCAUGGUGUUCUUUGGCCUGAGCCCCCUGUUCCUGGGAAGUGCAAUGGCGGUGGAGCGCUGCAUUGGAGUCACCAGACCCAUCUUCCACUCCACAGGGUUAGCUUCCCACCACAUGAAAAGGCUGCUGGGGCUCACCUGGCUGCUUGCUGCCCUGGUGGCUUUGCUGCCUGUGCUGCUUUGGAGGCCCUACAAGGUUCAGAGCUCCAGGAGCUGGUGCUUCUUCCAUAUGGAGGAACCCAAAGACUGGCUGGAUGUGCUCCUGCCUCUGCUUUUCUCUAUACUGGGGCUACUGGCUCUGCUGCUCUCUAUUGUAUGCAACACUUUGACAAGCUGUGCUUUGCUGCAGUCCAGACUGCGCCGCAAGCAUCACUGCAGAGGUACGUCUUACCAUAUAGAGAUGAUCUGCCAGCUGUUGGCCAUCAUGUUGGUGUCCUGUGUGUGCUGGGGCCCGUUACUGAUCUGUGUCAUCAUACUGAGCACCAAAGCCAAGGAUGAGCCAGUAUCUUUCAGUCUGCUGAUGGUAGUGCGCUUGGCCACAUGGAACCAGAUCCUGGACCCCUGGGUCUACAUCCUGCUGAGGAAGGCUGUACUGAGGAAAAUCUUCAUGUUGUUACAAAGCAGCUGGGGGUCAAAGUCUUACAACUUAUACCGCUGGCAGCGCAGCAUGCUCCGCAGUUCGGUUGAGACCAGCAACUCAGGUGCCGGUCCACCUGACUGCCGCUGCCUUGGCAGAUUACCUCUACCAGACACUGCGAUCAAAUCCAUCACCUGA